AUGACCCCUCCUCCAAGCCCCGCCCACCUGACCUUGAGCCCCUCCUCCAAGCCCCGCCCACCUCACGUUCAGCCCGGGGCGCUGCACGGUGUGAAGAUGGCCAACGCCGUGGCUUCGUACGACCAGCUGGCCCACCAGGUGGAGGCGCUCCGCAAGGAGAACUCCCACCUGCGGAGGGAGCUGGAGGACAACUCGCACCACCUGUCCAAACUGGAGACGGAGACGUCGGGCAUGAAGGAGGUGUUGAAGCAGCUGCAGAGUAAACUGGAGCAGGAGGCGGGAACACUGGCCUCGUCCGGGAGGAGCGACGUCCUGGACCAGCUCAAAGAGCUGCACAUGGAUCUCACCAACUACUACGAGCUCAAAUAUCAACCCCACAACCUGCGGCUGCUGCCUGACAGCCUGGCCUCGCACGCCGCCGGGGCCGCGGGGGGCGGGGGGGCAGUGGGGGAGGCGGAGGAGCGGCUCGCCCUGCCCCCCUCCUCCUCCUCCUCGGUGGUGGGGAGGGCCCGGAGCCCCCUGCGGGCCUCGUCACGACAGAGCGCGGCGUCCGGGGAGGCCGCCGCCCUGCUGCCGCAUCACUUCCUGGACGGAGCCCCGCCCAAACCAGCCCUGAUUGGAGGAGAUGGACGAAUCAGUGACCAGCAUCUGGAGGAGCUUUACAAAGAGAGGAGCCUCCUGCUGGGGGAGAUCGACCGGGAGGAGAGGGAGCGAUGCUGGUAUUACACCCAGCUGCAGGCGCUGUCCCAGAGACUGGCCCAGCUGCCCCGCAUCGACACGUUUUCCCUGCAGAUGGAUCUGAUCCGCCAGCAGCUGGAGUUCGAGGCCCAGCAGGUGCGCUCCGUCAUGGAGGAGCGCUUCGGCACCAGUGAUGAGAUGGUGCAGAGGACUCAGAUGCGUGUUGCUCGUCUAGAACAGCUGGAGAAGGAGCUGCAGGAGGCGCAGGAGGCCCGGGGGAGUCAGGACAGCAGCCUGUGUCAGCUACAGAUCUCCAGCUCAGAGAAGCCCCCUGCUGGUGAAGCUGAGACUGCAGCGUGCUCUGCUGCAGCGGGCGUGGAGCCGCCCGGGGACGGAGGCAGCAAGGUGGAGAUGGUGUUCUGGCUGCUGUCCAUGCUGGCCAACCGGGACAAGGAGGAGAUGUCCCGCACCCUGCUGGCCAUGUCCAGCUCCCAGGACAGCUGCAUCGCCAUGCGCAAGUCAGGCUGCGUCCCCCUGCUGGUGCAGAUCCUGCACGAGGCUCCGGGGGGCGGCGGGGAGACGACGGCGGGCGGCGCCACGGGCUGCAGCCGGGAGGCCAAGUCCCGAGCCAGCGCCGCCCUGCACAACAUCAUCUACUCGCAGCAGGACGAAGGCCAGGCCCGCAGGGAGAUGAGGGUGCUGCACAUGCUGGAGCAGAUCAGGACGCACUGCGACAGCGGCUGGGACUGGAUCGAGAGCCACGCCGGGACGCCGCUGGCCGGAGGAACCAAAACCACCGACAUCCCUGAGCCCGUCGACCCUCAGAUCUGCCAGGCCAUGUGCGCCGUCAUGAAACUUUCUUUUGAAGAGGAGUAUCGACGCGCCAUGAAUGAAUUAGGCGGUUUGCAGGUCGUGGCAGAUCUGAUCCACCUGGACCAGGAAAUGUACGGCAUGCAGAACGACCCCAUCAACAUGGCGCUGCGUCGCUACGCAGGGAUGGCGCUCACUAACCUCACCUUCGGCGACGUCGUCAACAAGGCGACUCUCUGCUCUAAGAAAAGCUGCCUGCAGGCCCUCGUGGCCCAGCUGGCCUCGGACAGCGAGGAACUCCACCAGGUCGUGUCCAGCAUCCUGAGGAACUUGUCGUGGCGAGCCGACAUCAACAGCAAGAGAGUCCUCAGAGACAUCGGGAGUGUGUCUGCUCUCAUCACCUGCGCCCUCCAAGCCACAAAGGAAUCCACCUUGAAGAGUCUCCUCAGCGCCCUGUGGAACCUGUCAGCUCACAGCAUAGAAAACAAGGUGGCGAUCUGCUCGGUGGACGGCGCUCUGGGCUUCCUGGUCAGCACUCUGACCUACCGGUGUCAGACCAACUCACUGGCCAUCAUCGAGAGUGGAGGAGGGAUUCUGAGAAACGUGUCCAGUCUGGUGGCCACACGAGAAGAUUACAGGCAAAUCCUCAGGGACCAUAACUGCCUCCAGACUCUGCUACAGCACCUGCGCUCUCACAGCCUGACCAUAGUGAGCAAUGCCUGUGGGACGCUUUGGAACCUUUCUGCCCGAAGUCCAAAAGACCAAGAGCUGCUCUGGGACCUUGGGGCAGUUAGCAUGCUGCGCAACCUCAUCCACUCCAAGCACAAAAUGAUAGCCAUGGGCAGCGCUGCCGCUUUGAGGAACCUCCUCACCAAUCGCCCCCUAAAAUACAAGGACGCCGCAGUAAUUUCCCCCGGUUCCUGCAUGCCCUCCCUUUACAUGAGGAAACAGAAGGCUCUGGAGGCUGAGCUAGAUGCCAAGCAUUUAGCAGAGACCUUUGAUACCCUUGAUAAACAGAGCCCCAAGCACCUGAGCCUCAACAAGCCACUGCGGCACAUUGAAAGUCUGGCAAAAGAUUACGCAUCAGAUUCUGGUUGCUUUGAUGAUGAUGAGGCCCCUAAUGUCUCAAGUAGCCUGGACACAGGGAGUUUCUCUAUGCUGUCCAUGUUUCUCACCAACUCUAACUUCCUGCAAAACCAGCCACGGAAGAAGGACAACGAACCUGAAAGAGAUGUAGAGCCGCCUCAGAUGUUGGAGAAGAGACAGGCACCUCCUGAUGAUGUAGUAUCUGCUGCUGCAGAGAAGUUAGCAAAGAAGAUUACAAACACUGUGGCCAAGAUUGACAGGCUCGUGGAGGACAUCACCAUGCAUACAUCCUCAGAGGACAGUUUCAGCCUGAGCUCUGAGGACCACUUUGCAGACUGGCCGUAUGGAGCAGAUGAGCUAAAUGAAGCCCGAGCCAAGUCAUGCUCCCCUUGCCGUCUCUCUGAUACAAGCAGCUUGGCCCACAGGGAGCGCCUCAGUAGAGCCCACGCCCUCUUACGCCUCAAAACUGCCCAUACAAGCUUAUCUACAGAUAGUCUAAACAGUGGCAGCACUAGUGAUGGCUACUGUGGUAGCAAAGACCAGAUUCGACACUCAUCCAGAGCUGCAACCAUGCAACAAAAACGUCCCAACCAGCUCAAUCUCAAGGUCGCUCACCAAGAGUACCUUAACAUGGGACCUGCAGUCCAGAAUGAGACAAGCCAGCUCGAUGUUCCGGAGAGAGAUUCUGUGGACAACAAACAGGUGAAAGCUCUAGAGCUCAGUAGCACAGACACUGAAAAGAACCAGGAUCUACCCCUCCAAACACCAGUCAGUGCAUCCACAAAAAUCUCCUCUGAUGUCAGCAUGACCUCCAUCAAACUGUCUCCUUCCUAUCAGCAUGUCCCUCUCAUUCAGAGUGUGGCCAAAUUUGGUGUAGCAAAGACGGCGAUCAAUGUCCAGGCUGCUCAAGCAAUGAGGAGGCAAGCCUGGGUCCCGACUGUAAUGACCGGUGGGAGCAUUACUAAAUAUUCUCCAAUGAGCUCCACCAGAAGCCCAACCAUAGGGCAGAUGGAGACGGUCCAGAAAUACUCAGUAGAAAACACACCUAUCUGCUUCUCUCGCUGCAGCUCGCUGUCCUCCCUCUCUUCUGGUGAUGGAGCACUUGAUGGACAGAGCCAAAGUGAAAAUGAGCUGGAGAGUGACUCAUCACUAGAAAUCAUUGAAGUUGAAGAUGGAGAUGGAGAUGUGGUGAAGACAGUCGCGGAGGAUGAAACCUUGGAAGAUCUGAGUGACAGCCAGCUGCUGGUGACAGACUCAAAAACCUUCCCAAGCAAAGAGACUGAUCCAAUUGCAAUCCCCUGCCCUGCUAAAAGGGAGAAAGUGUUUCUCAGGGGAGCUUCACCAGCCAUACUUGAGGAUAGAUCUCCAUCCAGUUCCUCUGAAAACUACAUCCAUGAGACACCAUUGGUGAUGAGUCGCUGUAGCUCAGUCAGUUCACUAGGGAGUUUUGAGUCUCCCUCCAUUGCCAGUUCAAUCCAAAGUGAUCCAUGCAGUGAGAUGAUUGAUGGAACAAUUAGCCCUAGUGAUCUUCCUGACAGUCCCGGACAAACCAUGCCUCCUAGCCGAAGUAAAACUCCCUGUUGUAUUGAAUCAAAUGUACCAGAAACACAGAGUGCUGGCAUAGCGGGUCAGUGGGAAAGCAGCCUGCGCAAGUUCAUGGAAAUUGCAGACUUGAAGGAGAGGUUCAACCUUCCUCCUGAUUUGGACACCAUGAUCUAUUUCACUGUGGAAAAACCUACAGAGAACUUCUCUUGUGCCUCGAGCUUGAGUGCUCUGCCUCUUCACGAGCACUACAUACAGAAAGAUGUGGAACUUAAACUGACCCCUCUGCUUCAGCAAAAUGAUAAAAAUCCUCCAUUCCUUGAUGAGGAUGAGAAUGGACUGGAUCAUGGGGAAAGAUGUAGUGAGGGAAACUCAGACGAUGAUAUAGAGAUCUUAAAAGAAUGCAUAAACUCAGCAAUGCCAUCAAAGUUCAGAAAAGUAAGACCUUCCCUGAUGACUACCAUACCUCCUCAUAUUCUAAAUUCCCAGCUUCGAAAGCGAAUACAUCUCCCAGUGUACAUGAUGCUUCCAAAUGGCAGUACCCAAAUGUCUUCAGGGAGGAAAAUUGUCCUGCCACAUAAGGAUUUACAGUUCGAUGAUUCAUCAUUCACUGAUUCUGCAGAAGGCACUCCUGUCAACUUCUCCAGCACAACAUCGCUAAGUGAUGAAACACUUCAGUAUCCAGUGAAAGAAAGGGGGGCAAAAGACUGGAGAGUCAAAAAUAUUAACAAACAGGAAACACUCGAUGAUGAGGCAAAGAGGAUUGAGGACCUGAGAAUAUUCUCCCAUUUCCACAAACCCAACAGAAUGACCUACCAAUCUGACAUACAAGUCAAUCAGAUGAAUCGAACAACCAAACAUGUCAUUCCCACACAGAAAGUGCUAAUGCAGAGCAAAGAAGUGGCUGAUAGAGUGGCAAGUCAAAGAAACCGUGAUCAGUCUCCCAGUCAACAAAAGCAGAGGCAAGGCCAGGGCCCAGUGAGAAAACUGGAAUUGCCUGUCAUAAAGCAAAACACACAGUGUAAUCUCAAUCAGGGGUCACUCAAAGGAAAUGUCGCCUUUCAAUCAAUGAGACAUUCAUCACCCAGUGAGGACGACACCAGCAGCUAUUACAAUGACCAAAAAGACAAAGAAUUUGAAGGGAUGAAACAAGCAGGUCGAAAACAGAUGAGAGAGGCAAGUAAAAAUACUCUGUCCCGAAGCAUGACAAACAUUGGCAGGAUUGAAAAUUCCCAAGCAAAGCCCAAGGGCUUCCAGAGGAUAAAGCAGAACCUACUAAAGAAUGAGUCCCCGGCAUGUUACUCACUCAGCUCCUCUCUUAGUUCUCUGAGUGAUGCAGAGUUUGAGGAUCAGAAAUUAAAAGCCCAUCAAAUAUGGUCCAAAAACAGACACAAUAAAAUAUCUAAUAUUGUGCAACAAACUAAGCCUAUGACCAUUCACAGCCAAUAUGAAGAGGAGAGCUCGCCAAGCUCAGUUAGCAUGGAUUCAGAGGAUGACCUCCUUCAGAAGUGUAUAACAUCUGCUAUGCCUAAGCAGAGAAAGAAACUUGCUGCCAGGAAGAAGAAAGCAGAGAAGAAUCAGAAACAAAGGAGUGACUUGCAGAAGGCUUCGGAUGGGUGGAACAUGGAUGAGGAAAUUGAUAGUGAUGAUAUGGCAUCCGAUAAAGACUCAGACCUCAACAGUGUUGAGUGGAGAGCCAUACAGGAAGGUGCAAAUUCUGUUGUCACUGGGCUACAGGCGUCCAAGUCACAAGAGCCCUCCUCUGAAGAAACUGAGUCAGUUCUGUCAUUCAUGUCAACAUCUAGUUUCACACCCAAAGAAAAGAAAUUUGCUAAAGACAAAAAGGCAAAUAAACCUCUGGACUUUGCCCAGCGUAAACCAGUUCCAAAUUUGCCUGUAGUCUUCAGAGGCAGAACAGUGAUAUACACACCUAAAAAGGAGACAACUCUCUCACAAAGGCCGCCUCCUAAAAAAGUACCAACCAAGAUGGAUGCUCCAAAGAACCCAAACCUUGCUCAACACAGAUCAAAGAGCCUUCACCGAUUAGGCCGACCACAGGACAUUGAACUGUCUUUGCCAAAGAGGAGCUCUACUCCACCUCCAAGGAUACCAAAAAGCUCAUCCUCGGGAUCAUCACAGAGCUCUACACCAUCAAAACAGUCCCAGAAGAAGAUAACAUCACCCAUUCAAACAAAUAAAUCUGUUCAGAAAAAGAAUACCACACCACCUAGUUCUACACCUGCUAGUAGUCCACCUGAAAGAAAAGGGCGCUCCCCUGUCAUGAAUCAGAACCAAAAAUCCCCAGCACAUAAAACUCAAAAGUCACCAGUUCGUAUCCCAUUUAUGCAGAACUCCGCAAGGCAAUCAAGAGCACUGUCACCACUGGUAACCAACCAACCAACAAGUAAACAAAACAACCCAGUCAACGGGAAAAGGAUACUUCCAGCCAAUCGGUUAGAUUUGGUCAGGAUGACUUCUGUUCAUUCAAGCAGCAGCGAGUCUGAUCGCAAUGGAUUCUUGCGACAACUGACUUUCAUUAAAGAAUCAAAAACUGUCCUGAGACGUGAUGGCUCUGCACGCACCAUGGCUGGGUCUCAGAAUGGAUCCCCCCGCAGAGCUUGUCCAGGUGCCUCUGCUGUGUUCCUCUGUUCAUCUCGUUGUCAGGAACUUAAGGCAGCUGUGCAGGGCCCAAGGAGGAUGCAAGGAAAGGUGCUAGGGCAAGUAUCUGGACAAAUCCACAGGCAAGACCUAGUCCUUCAGAAGCAGACUACAACCCCUGCCAGAGCAAGCUCCAGUGAACGGGACCUAUCUGCAAGACGUAUAGCCAGGAGAACCAGCUCUGAAAGCCCCUGUCGGGCGGCUCAGAGAAAUGGGCCUGGAAGAGUGUCGGGAGCCAAGCAGCAACAAGACAGAGAUACUUUUAAGCGACAUGCCUCAUCACCGAGCAUAAACAUACUGAGCCGAGUGACCAGUCGUUCUUCCCUUCGCUCUUCAUCCUCUGACUCAAGUGGACGAGCAAAGAGUGAGGAUGAUACAAAUAAAAAGGGACAGAGACCUGGAUCCCGGCUAAAUGACAGAGUCACCUGGAGGAGGAUCAGGGAUGAGGAUGUCCCUCAGAUUUUGAAAAGCACUCUGCCAGCCACUGCGUUGCCUCUGGUGCCUUCGCCCGAUGGGGAAAAAACAAAGCCACCAGCUCUGCCAGGGAAACUGCCAACCAUUCUGCUUGCAUCACGCAAGACAAGUGAUGCAACAGUGCAGACAGAAGAUUUUUCAAAUAACAAAACCAACUCAAGCACUUCUCCAACAGUGGACAAGGCUCCGGUCAUCUCAGAGGAGGCGGCAAGACUGGCUCUCCUCAGAAAGAUCAGCAUUGCCUCGGGGAGCAACCUCCAAGAUGGAGAUUCUGAUGGCUCGCUAAGGAGCCACAGCACCGUGUCCACAGGAACCUCUGAAAGCCACACAGGUGGAGUUGUCACCUUCCGCCAGGGAUCCCCUAGUAAGGCUGCCAGAGUCACUCCAUUCAACUACAUCCCCAGCCCUAUGGCCUGCUGCCUGCAAGAUACACAGAAUCAAGCACCCGCGAUCAAUGAGAAGUCAGGGGAAAAAACUGAGUUAUAGGACGUUAGGUGUGUUCCUGUGAAAUGUGGACAACUCUAGUGCGUUCCUGAAUGAAACUCAGCACUCAGGUGGACAAGGAGAGUGUGCCAGUCCUUUUACCUCGGGUAUUGACCCUUUUUUCCUUCACUGCAUUGGAGUUUUUUCUCUGAUAAAGAACACUUGAUCACAACUCAUCUUAAUCCAUCUACCAUUCAUACAGGGUUGGAUGUAUGCAUUGAGACUGGUCUGACAUGGACAUACUACCAGUAUAGCACCUCAGAGAGUAAACGUACACAAAACGGAGGUGCAUCUUUUUUUGUACUUUUUUGUAUUUGUAUAUUAACCAUUGUCUGGUAGAAAUGUAGUGAACACAUAGAGCAAAGACAAAGAACUCGAUUUCAGCACACAAAUCACCAUCAGUCUCCUUGACAGAAUCAAUAAAAAGAACAAUAUGCAAACUUUUGAACGAUAACUCAGUUGGACUUUUACCGGAAAAGGUACUAACUGUGGCCGACUGUUGACAGAAGGACAAAAGACACUGAGAUGUAAAGUAUUUUUUACACACAUCAACGCUUUGGCCUUUGCCUCACCAUUCACAACUCAAUAUAAUACACUGUUAGCUUUUACUGUUGCACCACUGCUGCAGAAAAUAUUAUAGCAAAUACCGCCAUCCUCCAAGCUAUCAGCUGUUCCGGGUAAUUCAGUGUACUCCUGUCUUCACCAACAUUGUAAAUACAUGCAGACGUACAAACUCUUCAAGCUUCCUGGUGGGCAAAAGACUCGUUGUGUUGCUCCUGACAGCAUGCUUAUAUCCACUACCUGUAUACUCACCUGUUAACAUUGUGGACGCUGGAUUUAAAAAAAAAAAAAAAAAAAAAAAAAAUACUCCUUUCACUGGUAAAAUAGCCAUACUGGUCAUCUGUAUUCUAGUGCCACCAAGACCUAUAAUGUAACUGUCAGUGUAAUGAACUACUCCAGCGUACAAGCUCUUACAUGCCUCUGUUAAUCGAAUGAGACGACAUGAUAUUUGUGUUUGCUACUAGAAUCAGGUACUGUAUGCUGUUCAGUAUUUCCAUGCAGGAAACAUGAUGAUUUGAUUGAUGAUUGGGUGUUUCGAGCCAAACAGCAACGCGUCCUCCCAGGCGUUCUUGGUUCUCUGGAAGUCUUUAUAAAAUAAUGUGUUAAUAUCUGCUUAAUUGUCUUGCUGUAAAAGUAGUGAUAGGUUGAAGAAGUCAAAUAUAAAGACGAUGAAUAUUCUCUGUAGUUGUUAACAUCACCUGUCCAUGUGUACUCAGAGAUCGGACAGCAGUUUGCUGGUACAGAAUGAAAAAUCAAAUCUGCAAUUUGGUUGUGGAUCGGUGGGAUUAAGGGGCUGUUUCUUCUUUUAAAAAAACGAAAAAAAGGAUUUUUCUACUUACUAAUACCCUAUUUCCAAAGCAUGUUUUGCAUAUGAUUAAAACCCAAGUAGCUUUUGAAUGCAAGCCUUUAAAAGUCCCAGUGGCCAUUUUAACAUAUUAACAGCCCCUAAGUGUAAAACUAGAGGUGAAAUGGGGAUGUGUUGAACCAGACUGAGGCAGUGGAGCUGAACUGUGUAAAGUCCAGUGAAUGAGAUGAUUGAGGAAUUCAGCUCCAUGUUAAAUCCCCAUCAGAAGGUCCAAGAAGCAAAUCCGCCAUCACUGUCAGCGGCGGCCUUGUUCACACCUGGCUGGAGACAUCGGUCCUAACACUGUCAUGCAGUGAGAUGCAGUGGAAGUGCAGUGUCUUCUGUGCAGCUGCAGGUCAAAUACAGAAAAGUAAUGUCCAAAACUAUAAAGAUGUCCCACAAUGAGUGCUUUACAUUCACAUUAAUAAUCUGAUCAAUGUUCAGAUGUUCUGAUUUAGUCUGUUUUAAUGUAUCAUGGAGACAGUCCAACCCAAACCAAACUCUUUUGUUUUGAUCCUGUGUUCAUUAUAUUUUGCUGCUCGUGACUCCAUGGUUGUAUUUGAGCUGCUGUGGUCCUUUCGAACUAGAGUUUUCCAUAAUCUGGGACUUUCUGGAACCUCUCAAGUUCAGGAAAUCCUAGUUUUAAUCGUUUUGUAGUCUUGCUUUGUUUUGUUGUGCACUCGACACCCAGCUUGCUGAGAACUUUUAUACACUUUUUUCUUUCUAAAAGUCACAUCAAACUCAAACGCAAAUUACCAUAAAACUUGUGGGGAACCAUGUGCCAUGGAGGCCAAGAGGCUGCAGGUUUUCAUUCUAACUAAAAAAAACUCCACCAGGAGAUUGGGGUGAUCAGUGAAAUCAGCUGGUGGAGUUUUUGGUUGCCCUGCAUGGCACACUGUCGACUCCCCCGGUCAUGACACUUCAACUAAAAGAUUCUUCAGUCUAUCAGAGCAAAAUGGUUGUGACGCCCCCGGCUUUCUACCAUAUUUCAACUUGGACAUUAAAACUUCUAGAGUCACCUUCUGAAUGGGUCCAAAGCAGGUUCCCUGAACCCUAAUGAUGGAACUGUGCUGUUGCCAUGGAAACAGUUCCUUCACCCGUGAAUGAAACUGCUUUCAUGCCUCGGUAAGUCCUCAGAGACGAAAAGGGCUGACAGUCAAACCAAAAAACAGAAUCUGGUGUUUAUGUGGCAGAAUUUACAGCUUCAUAUCUGCGUAUUAAGGUUUCUCAUACUCGGGAUUUGGACUUGUCUUGGUUAUUGCAGAACAUUUGGGUAUUCUGAAUAUUAAUGUGCAUGUAAACAACAGAUUCAGAACCAAUGUUCGGGUCUUCUUGAUGCAAACAAACAGGAACAAGCUGUUACCCAGCGGCUCCUGAGUGAUAAGCAAAGGAAAAUCUUUUGUUUCAUGGACAUUUUUUUUUAACUAACUGAGUCAUGUCCCUGCAGGAAAACGGGACAUUAAUCAAGAGGGUGGGACCGUUUUCCCAGCAUUCCAUGUGUGAACAAGGUCACAGAGGUCGUAUGGUGCCAUGUGAUAUAGGCUUGGCAGGUGAAAUUGUAUCAUUAUAAAUGUUUUCAUCAAAUAAAGUGACGUGUUUCAUUAAA